AUGUCAACUAGACCUACAAGAUCAACAAGAAUAACAAUAAAAAAAGAUAAAAAUGAAGAACAAUUUGAAGUUGAACAACAAUUUGUUCUUCGAAUGCCACCAGGUGAAUAUGCAAGGCGUUUACUUAAGUUGAUUGAUUCUGAUGAUAAAAAUAUUCGUCAACGUGUUUUUAUUGAUUUAAAUCUUGAACAAAGACGUGAUCAUCUUAAAUUUGAUGAUACUCUUUUUAAAGGCUACACUCUACGAUUUACCAUUUAUAAUAGAAAUAUAUUAAACAUUUCAUCGAUAAACUUUAUAUAA